AUGGUCUCUCCAAUCAAACUGAAUAAUGGAGGUGAAGGAUCCCUUAAACCUGAAGAAUGUGUGGCGGCGUGUGAUUAUCGGUGUUCAGAAACCUCACACAAGAAGCCAUGCCUGUUUUUUUUUUACAAUAUAUGUUGUCAAAAAUGUUUGUGCGUCCCAUCGGGCACAUAUGGACACAAAGAAGAAUGUACAUGCUACAAUAACUGGAAAACCCAAGAAGGAGGUCCCAAAUACCCUUGA